AUUUUUUUUCCUCCUAUAAUAAUAAUAAUAAAAAUACAACAAUAUAUCAUCUUUAAAUUCUUCAUAAACAAAAAUGCAAAAUUCCAUCAGAAACUCAACUAUUUCAACCACUAUAGAAAUUUCCGAAAAUGUAGAAGUUGGUAAAUUGAUUGGUCGUGGAGGACGUAACAUAAAACCCAUUGAAAGAGGGACUGGUACAUACAUCUACAUUAAUACAAAAGUAAAUCCUCGACAAAUUGAAAUUAAAAUAAAUAAAGAUUAUAAAUUUAAAGAUGAAAAUAUUUCGCUUUGGGAAUGGAUCAAUAAAGCGAUAUGUCAAAUAGACAAUUUACUAGAAGAUAUUGAAGUAAGAAAUCGAAAAAAAGAUAUAGAAAAAGAGAAAAAUAAUAGUAGAAUUUCAGAUAAUGGUAAUCAUCAACAUGCAACACCAAGAAACCAUAAAAAACGAAGAAUGCCGUAUACGACCAAAGCACGACAAGUAAGAUAUUUCAAAAAUAUAUGAAUUUGUUAAUAUUUUAUUAAAUAAUUUUUUUUUUAAUAUAAAAUAUUUUUCAUCUUUGAUAAAUUUAGCCACAGAAUAAGGAAAACAUGAGGAGAAAUGUUCC